AUGGCAUACCGGAAACCAUAUGAUCUUUACGACUCAAUUCUAAGCGAUCAGGCAAUGAUGGAGGAGGUAUUAGAGCUGUUGGGGUCGGAUAGCACAAGCACCGGCCACGAGAAAAAGCUUACAGCAACUUUCAACAAUAACCGAGAUGCAGUUUGCAAUGAAGUCGCUAAUGAAAAUGAGUUACUGGGUUGGGAUGAAGAAAAGUACCCGAGAAAACAAGAGCAAGAUCUACCACGAGACCAAACUCAAUCGACGAUGGAAAGCUUAAUGCCAAGCACCCCUAUGCACCUUACCGAGGCUGCGUCGAAGAGUCCUUCACUGCUGCCCCAGCAAUUUUUUCAUGGUGCUGUCCCACAACCGUUUUCUGCCGAACCUUGCUUUGUCAACUUUACAGCUGCACCGGAAUCGCGUCAAAGCUUGCGAGCUCCUGUUCAAGAGAAUAUGAUAGUACGAGAAACAGUUACUGCUGACCCUAUUCCAAUAUCUCCUCCAGCUUCAAUACUUCACCAUACUUUGCAAGAUUCGCAGCCGCUAAGUAAAAGCGCUACGUUGGUCACGCACCUAAACUCGGAGAGUAACGUCUUACCCACUGGUCAACGCAUUCGCGUUAUCAAUCCUGACGAGUUUGAAGAACUCCGACGAAAGGUGCAGAUGCAGACGGCUUCACGUCGUUAUCGUAAACGCAAGAAGGAGGCAGCUCGAUACAAAAAGAUGCAUGUGCAGGAGCUCCAGAAAGAGCUUUCUCGGUUGCAAUACAUGGAAGCACAGACGAAACAGUACCAGCAACGCUCGGUUGAGUCGUUGCAACAGGAGCUUAAGAUGCAUCAAGCCGAAGUGGCUGACCUCAGUGGCAAAAUUGAGGACGCAACCAGAAAAGAGCUUGACUGGAUAGCGCACUUGCCCCUAUGA